AUGGAGGUGGUUCAGUCAGCCCCUUUAGAAUUCAGUCAUGCAGAAAAAUCGUUUAAGAAAGUACCCACCAUCCUUUUGGACAGCCUCGUGGAGGAGCCUCAAAAGGGAAAUGGUGUCCCCAAUCACCUGCUGGAGUCGAAGAUUUAUGCAAAACUUCUGAGAAACAAGGUCAUACAGGCUAAGCCUGCCGUACUGCAUUAUGGAGGUUAUGAAAUCGAAAAACAUCACCAGCAGAUCCUAAAUCUGGUAAAUAUUUCUGGCGAUGUCAUAAAUCUUCACAUUAUACCACCCCAGACAAAAUACUUUCAGAUCAAAUACAACAAAACACAUCGGCUUGUCCCCGGCUUGUCAUUUGCAGUUACAGUUGAUUUUUGUCCUGAUGAGUGGCGAUAUUACUAUGACUGUAUCCGAAUUCACUGUCAGGGAGAUGACACUUUGCUUGUUCCUAUCCAUGGCUACCCUGCUGUGAAUGUUGUAGAAUUUCCAUCAUUUAUAAGCUUAUCAGAUGUUUCACUUGGACAGAGCAAGGAGUAUGUUAUCCCUUUGCAGUGCAGCUGUCCAAUAGAGUUUGAGUUCCAUAUCGAUUACAUUCAGCCUCACAAAGCCUUUACCAUUCAGCCAACCUCAGGAAUAAUUCCAGCCAGUGGGAAAGUGGAUGUGGUUGUUAAAUAUGCACCAUUUGAAUAUGGAACAGCACAGAUGAAAAUGCAAUUGUGGAUUGCACAGUUUAACUCUAAACCCUAUGUAUGUGUAUUCACAGGAACAUCAACGCCCCAUGGGGGUUUCAUAAAGGAAGAAUUUAAAACACAUAAAACUCUCUCAGAGAAGAAAACAGUGUCAGUAGGAAAACAAGUGGUCCGGAGAAAAGACCAUUUAAAGCAUCCACAAUCCAGCCAAAUUCAGAAAGUAAAGGAGAUUGAAUACCAAAACCUGCGAUUCCCAGCAGAUUUGUCAAAUCCCUAUGCUGUGGCAACGGUUUUGAUUCAAGAGCCUGGCAAAUUAAAGAUUAAACACUUGAAAGAAGUCCUGUACCAAGGUAAUGAAGGUGCAAAAACAAGACAGAUGAAGGAAGCUGUAUUUGAACUAAAAGUCAAACAAGAUAUUCAGGAAGAAGAAGCAAAUCAACUUAAGUGGCAAGUUCAUACAGGUAAAGAUCCAAUUUCUAUGAAAUUUAAGAGAGAGAUUAUCGAAGAACGACAGCAGGAAGAAGAGCAAUACAAGAUCAAAAGGGGAGAUCCCUUUAUGGAGAGAGAGUUUCAAAGGAAUAAAGUGGAAGUUUCUUUCAGACGUUUUAUCCGGUCUGUCGAACAGUGUCCAAGUGUCCAGCCCAAGUUUGACCUCCUCCUUAACGACCCUUGGGCCAACAGACACAGGAUUCUAAGACGGUUUCAACAAGCAGCUCGCCGGGUCCUGAUUCAGUGGCGGCUAAAUCGCGUAUUACUUUUGUUCCGUGGACUAGAGAGAGACAUCAAAGAGCAUAGUGAUGAAGAAAGCUCUGUAUCAGAAAACAGCAGUUUGAAAAUCAUCAACUCAACAGCUAUGGGUGAAGAGCAUAAGAGCGUUGCUUUCAACUUGUCUGUAGAUCGCAUAUUACCUUUCAAAUUCCCAACCUACCAUCCACCUCAGUGGUCUGAUGAACUGGCUCCCGAUGGUCUUGGUCCAGUUCCUGUUAAGUCUUUAGACAUGAAAGUCAAGCACAUUCACCCGUUCUACGACUUAAAGGUUCCUCAGCACUUCAGCAUUAUGGGGUACCAGCCAUUUUGUACACACUAUGCAUCAACAAGUUAUAAACCUCAAAAUCUUUCUCGACCAUUAAAGCAGGGAGCCAAGGAUGAGCUGAUCUCAAUAGUAACUUCUCCAAAGCCACAGCUCAGUCCUCCCUCACCACAGGAGGAUCUACACAAACCCCCAGGAGAGAAAUCCUUGGAAAGGGCCACGAGCCUUUUAAACCUGGCAGCUCCCAAAGCGUUACUCCAAGCUCCAGACAGUCACUCACUUCGCAUAUUUAAUCCUACUCCAGGAUUGUAUGUCUGUAUGCAGCCUUUGGACUAUUCAGAAACAAACAUUGAGUAUCAUCUUUGUCCUCAUCCAAAAUAUAGAUUCACCAAAGAAUAUCCCACAGGAUCCAGCAUUCCAAUUACACAAAAGAAAUUUCUGCAUCACAAGGAAGUCAUUCGAGGAGUAACGUACUGGAGACGAUUCCCGUCAGUGGUUUAUUCAGCCUUGUCUAAUGCUCCCACUCUGGCAAGCACAGGGAUGCAUCAUUGUAGUGAUCCCUACAAUUUAGAUAUGCUUCCAAUAGAUGUACCACCAAUGCUGGAUGACUUACCCGAGAGAGACAAGGAAAAUAUAACUGGCUAUGAGACUGAAGCUGAGUUAAAAGUGGUUCUUACCCCGGAUAUGCUGAAAGCUGAAUUUCCGCAGAUUGAAUCAGGGGAAGAAGUCAAAAGCAAACCACUGAAAGAUGGAAGUGAUACACCCCUGGAUGUUAAAUUUGCUUCCAGCAACAUAGUGGAUACCUCAGCUCCUCUUUCUGGAGACCCGAGAGACCAGCUGGAUUGGUAUUUACAAUCCCAGAAUAGCAAACUCAGAGAGAGACUGCAAGGACACAUGGAGAAAAUGAAGCAGAAAGCACUCAACAAAACCCUCAUUCUAGAAUAA